AUGAGAAACCACACAGUAACAACUUUUAUUCUGGUGGGACUGACAGAUGACCCACAAUUGAAGGUUGUGAUUUUCAUCUUUCUAUUGAUCACCUACCUGCUGAGUGUAACUGGGAACCUGACAAUCAUCUCCCUCAUCUUCAUUGAUUCUCACCUUAAAACUGCCAUGUACUUUUUCUUGCAAAACCUCUCCUUCUUAGAAAUUUCAUUUACAUCUGCCUGUGUUCCCAGAUACUUGUACAACUUAUCAACCGGGGACAAGACAAUCACAUAUGACAAUUGUGUCAUUCAAAUAUUUUUCACUGACUUCUUUGCUGUUACAGAAUUUUUUCUCCUAGCCACCAUGUCUUAUGACCGAUAUGUAGCCAUCUGCAAACCCCUACAUUAUGUGACCAUUAUGAAUAACAAGGUCUGUAGAAAACUCAUUCUUUGUUGCUGGACAUCUGGCUUGUUGAUCUUAGUAACACCACUUAGCCUGGGCCUAAAUCUGGAAUUUUGUGACUCUAAUAUCGUUGAUCAUUUUGGUUGUGAUAUAUCCCCUCUGCUAAACAUCUCAUGCUCUGAAACAUGGCUCAUAGAGCAGGUCAUCAUAGUUUGUGCUGUACUGACCUUUGUCUUGACUCUUAUAUGUGUUAUGCUGUCCUAUGUAUACAUCAUUAAGACCAUUCUACGCUUUCCUUCUGUCCAGCAAAGGAAAAAGGCAUUUUCUACUUGCUCUUCCCACAUGAUUGUGGUUUCCAUCACUUAUGGAAGCUGCAUCUUCAUCUAUGUGAAACCUUCAACAAAGAAUUCAGUGGCCAUUAAUAAGGGUGUUACAGUACUCACAACUUCCAUCGCCCCUAUGCUGAACCCCUUCAUUUACACCUUGAGGAACAAGCAAGUAAAACAAGCCUUCAAUGCCUCAAUCAAAAAAAUUACAUUGUUCUUAAAGAAGUAA